AUGGCCGAGAUCCGCCCCGCGCAGCUGCCAAGUUCAGGAGCCGUUGGCUGCUUCGGGGAGCGCCUGCGAAGAAUGGGAAACGCCUUCGAGGCUGAGGUGCGACAAGCUCUGGAGGUGGCGGUCAGCAAGGCCGAAUGUGAAUCAAAUCUCCUGCGGGAGGAGGUGCAUUGGCUUCAAAGCCAGCUAGAGGCAGAACGCCAGCAAAACGCCGCCAGGCUUUCCGGCUGCUCCGACUUGAAACGCAAGCUGCAGGAGGCACAACAGGACCUGCAGAGGGAAAAGGAGGCCAGGGAGUACUGGCAGACAGAGUUCAAUGCAAAAGAGGAGCAGUAUAGCCUACUUGAGGCGAAACUCGCUGCACUGGCGAUGACUGAGGCUGAAGCUGCUGAGGAGGCGAAGGCUGCAGCUUGCGCAUGGAUGCCCAACGGUGGCAACGAGGCCGACAUCGCCGCGGAGGACGAAGAUUUGCCUCCGGUGCUCAUUGAGGAUGCCGAGGAGAAUGCUCCGCGCCCUGCUGAACGAUCCGAGGAGUUGAGCCAGGAGUUCGAGGAGAUAUCCAUGCGUUUGGCAGCCGUGCCCUUGCGGGACGAUGGAAGCUACGAUCGGGAUCUUGGCAGCAGCACGGUGGAGCAGUGCCUGAAUCGGUUAGAGGCCUGCGGACCCCGUGGCUCCGAGCUCCUCCGAGCUGUGCCGGUGCAGGGCUUGCACGCGUUGCUGGUCGCAGCCAUCCGGCGGAAUGAGGGAUCCGGGGUGCUUCUGCAACGCAUCCUCCGAGCUUGGGUUUGCCGGCUGCUAAACGAGCAAGACAGCAUGGCCUUGCGCAUCGCCGUUGAGCAGCGCAACAUGGAGGCACUACAGACGCUGGUGUCCCUAGGUGGCGUUUCCGCCAUUAUGUCGGCCACAGCGCUCAUGGAAGAGGAGGGCCUC